AUGGUGGAAGCGCUCGAGACUCUGCGGCUGGCGCCUGUCCUACACAACGCGCUGGCGUCCACUGACCUCGCAAGGGCCAUCGGCGCCCUCGGGAACCACGGCUCGACCUGGAUCUGGACCCUCGCAGGCAACGUAGUGCACGGGUGGAAGGCGACCAACGUCGCCACAGCUACAUCAGUGAAGGAUGAGCUCGUCAUGCUCUCUGUUGAUCGGAUCCCACGCCAGGGCAUCUCUACAGCAAUCAAGAAGGUUGUCGCUCAAAGCGAGAAGAUGGAGGCCAAGAAGCCGAUCGUCACUCAAAGCGAGAAGAUGGAGGCCAAGAAGCCGAUCGUCACCCAAAGCUAG